CAAAGCACCUGGAUCGAGGUUCCAAGCCCAGUGAGUACUUCCUGACAGAGGAACUAGAAGACAGCGAUGAUGACUCAGCAGCCAUCGUUGAGUACCUUCGGCGCAGCGACACAGUCAUCAUUUACCCAGAAGCUCCAGAGGAAGCAAAACGACUGAGAACAGCAGAGGUCACAAGUCAAAAAGGGAACAAGCUUGGCUUGCCCUCUGAUCCCACAGAUGACUUUGCUCAACUUCUCACCUGUCCGUAUUGUGAGAGAGGCUACAAAAGACUGACGUCCCUGAAGGAGCACAUCAAGUACAGACAUAAGAAGAAUGAGGAGAGCUUUGCUUGCCAACUGUGCAUGGACACCUUUGACUCCAGCUCUCUUUUGGACCAUCAUAUGACAACACACAAGCUUGAAAGAGAAAAGCCCCCGCAGCUCAGCGAAGAAUCUGAAAACCGAAAGUUCAAAUGCAGUGAGUGUGGAAAAGCUUUCAAGUACAAGCACCACCUGAAGGAACAUCUUCGCAUUCACAGCGGUGAAAAGCCAUAUGAAUGCUCAAACUGCAAAAAGCGCUUCUCUCACUCUGGAUCUUACAGUUCCCACAUCAGCAGCAAAAAAUGCAUUGGCCUGCUAACUCUUAAUGGACAAGUAUAUAAUGGAAAUUUUGGCAAGUCCUUUUCAUUCCCAAGAUCUACAACUUUGUCUCCCGGAAGUCCUACAAUUCCCCACCUCCACCCCAAAGUGGAAAAAGGGCAACCCCUCUUUUCCCAAAUUCAGCAAGGUCAACCUCAUGUUAGAGGUGAACUAAAUUACUUAAAUGACUGUCACCUCCUAAUGGCCUCACAACAUGCCUUUGAGGAUACAAGAGCAUACCUAAAUGGUCAUGGCUUUAGCUCUCCGAGGAUCCACAGCUCCCCUCAGAGCUCUCUUCCACAUUUGGGAAGCAUGGAGGUAGACCUACCUCUUCUGAGCUACAUGGCCCCUCCCGGGAGCAGUCUAAGUGAGGUUCAGAAACUUCUUCAUGUUAUGGACAACAAUGUGUACAGGCAGAACCCAGAGAAGAUGUCCCAAAUGAAGGCAUAUAUGAAAGAGCUGGAGCUGCAGAUCCAAGCCCAGGCUGGCUUGCAGGCACUGACUCACAGCAACCCCACCAAAAACAUCACUGACUACACACUAAAGAAAGUCAGAGAGGCUAAGAGUCUAAUCAACAAGGAAAUGAAUCAAGUGAGUCACAAGAAGGAGAAAUCAAAUCACUCAUUUAUUCUUAGCAGUGAGGAAAAGUCACUUGAUGAACAGACAUUGUUACUCCCAUUCGGCUGCCAGUACUGCAAAGAUACAUUUCCUGGUCCCAUUGCACUGCAUCAACAUGAGCGAUAUUUGUGCAAAAUGAAUGAAGAAAUCAGUGGAGCCCUGGAACCAACAGAUAAUCGUCUGGCUGGCUGCCAAGGGACACUAGUUGAUGAACUGUCCAGUACAGAUGGGGCAACUAGCCCCACUUAUUCAUUAAAGGAUCACUUUUCAGUGCUCAAGGCUUGUUUUGCUUUGAAUACAGAGCCUAAUUUUGAGGAAGCAGGGAAACUGUCACAUGGUGGUCCUCAAGAGUUUGUCAAAGAGUGGUUUGCCAAUUAUAAGACUCAAAACCACCAAAUCGGAAGUGUUAGAAAAAAGACCCUCCUACCUAAUCAUGGUGCUCAUGAUCAUAACUUGAGCCACUCUCCAAUAUCACUUCUUACUGUAGAUAUACACUGUGGGUUAACCAAUGGCAAUGGCUCCCACAAAGUUGAAAAAACGAACCACUUUGGUGCUAAUAGGCAAGCAGCAGGGGGGAAGUCACAAAUUCCCUCAGACAACUUUAAAAGAAACACUUUAUCGCCCCUCAACUUAAACAACCUUCCAUCUCACUCCACUUUCUCCAAAAACUCACAGAGUAGGUCAUACACUCCAAAUAGCCUCACUUCUGAGGAGACUCUUGAGGACACACCACUGGAUCUGUCGCUUCCCAGACGUGUGGAACAGAAACUUGUUUCUGUGGAAGAAAAGCAAGUAAGACCUCAAGGCUUAAUUCCUGAAUGUAACAUGAAGUUGGCAGAGAAAGAACAAGCUUGUGGACCUUUUGAUCUCAUCAACAUAAAAACUGAGGUGUUGGACUCUGACAUUGAAGGGAAUUCUGGUCAUCCACCACAGAACAGCACCAGCCCUCUCUUUGGAAUUGAUCCCUUCUAUGGUGGCCCUGUGUAUACGGCCCUGUCACCUCAUGGAGUAUUUACACCACCUACCUUCAGGUCUUCCACCCAGUCGACAAAAAUAGGCCUUAGGAGCUUCCCAGGCCUCAAUUCCAUGAACCUGUUCCCUCACAUGGCAUACAAUUGUACUGCCGGUACAACAUUUGCUGAAAUGCAACAACAGAAAACAUACCAGCAUAAGGGGGAGCUGCUGGACAAAACGGCAGACUAUCUGUCAGGCCUGGAUAACCUGACAGACAGCAACUCAAUGCUUUCCAGGAAGAAGAUUAAGAAGACUGAAAGUGGUAUGUACGCGUGUGACUUGUGCGACAAAACAUUCCAGAAGACCAGUUCCCUCCUAAGACACAAAUAUGAGCACACAGGUAAACGUCCACACCAGUGUCAGACAUGCAAAAAAGCCUUCAAACACAAACACCAUCUGAUCGAGCACUCACGCCUGCACUCUGGAGAGAAGCCGUACCAGUGCGACAAGUGUGGCAAGCGCUUUUCCCACUCAGGUUCAUAUUCACAACAUAUGAACCACCGCUACUCCUACUGCAAGAGGGAGGCAGAUGAGCGAGAGGCAACUGAGAGGGAGGCCCAAGAACAAGGAGUUAGUGGUCUGCUGAAUGGAGGUCUGGAGCCCUCUGAAAAGAGGAUGAGGACAGCCUACCUGCAGGAGCUGGAACCUCUUGGAUCCUUAAAGCCUAAAGAUCAGGAGGAGCACUGCAACAAUACGAUUCUAAGAGACAACAGGGAGACAGGGGGAGGACAGAAUGAGAGAAAAGUGGACACCAGGAAGUUGAUGGAGCUGACAGAAAGACAGGCAGUAAGUUUUAUGGAACCGGAGGAAGACGAGGUAAAAAGCCUGAUGGACAUGACAAAGGAUGAGGAGGUCUGAAACUCAGCUGAUCAACGAGAGGUCACAGAGAAGAGAGGCAGAAGGCAAGAUCCAACAGAGACCGAUGCUCAAGUGCAUCAUUAGGAGAGCUUGGCUGGUCUGCAGAUAAAAGUACCGUAUUUUCACGACCAUAAGGCCCGCAUAAACGUCUCAAAUUUUCUCCAAAACAUGCGGCUCGCCCUACAGCGCAGUGCGCCUACUGUGUUGUUUUUUUUUCUUUUUUUUGGAAGGCGGAUUACAUGAGAACUUUGAUGUUUUAUAGCCGAGGUGAGCGCCACUCACAGCGCGUGUCCGUGCUCCCUCGCUUCUCCCCACAAGCAGUAAAUCUUCUUCUUCUUUUCCUUUUGGCUUUUCCCUUCAGGGGUCGCCACAGCGAAUCAGUUUCCUCCAUCUAAGCCUGUCUUCAGCAUCCCCCACAAGCAGUAAAUGUGGGGGGGGGAAAAAUCACAUUUGUUCAAAUUCAAAUUUGUUUUAAUGAAUUCUACAUUUUAUGUCACAUAAUUUGUUAUUAUUGAAGCAACUUGUGAACUUUCAGGCUGUUAAUUAAUCAUUGUUUUGACAGUGCUGGUAUCCAUAUUCAUUUCAUAACACCGCUAGAAGUCUCUCUUUACGGUCAGACGCUCUGGUCUGCUGCUCUGCCUCCCGCGUGCGUUUUCACCUGUCAAUGGAGCAGGUGGAGGAGCGCACGAGGACCCGCCCACUUCAAGCAGAGAAGAAAAAGGCUGAACCAGCGCAACUAUGUUUUUAGACAAAAGGUGUACGAACGCACACACGCACCCUCCCAGCCCACCCGCCGCAGCAACAGACCCCCUCGUCCGCGGCAGCCCACCCGGGCCGCCUCGGCUGACCCGUCUGUUGGCUGAGCGCGUGCACCAGCAGGGAGCACAGAUUCGUUGGUUUUAGGCAGUUCCAACACCCUGAUCUAACAGAAAACAGAAAAACAUCAAUUGUGCUUUUUUUCACCAUGAAGCGCUGAGUUGGCGACUCCUGCUGCUGUCGUGCGCAGCGGCCCGUACCGCUCGUUCCUAUAACUAAUAUUGCUUACUACACAUUCUUACUCGCCCAUCAUCCAUCUGGCCGGGGGCGGGGCCUUCCGCUGUUUCUGUGACUGAGAUAAAGACUGUCCCGCAUUAACCCGAGAGGAGGAAAAGUAGGGACUUUCUUUAUCAUUGUCUCGUCAAACAUAAACAAAACAUCACAGAUCAGGAGAGCCGAGCAGGUUAUCCGCCCUCCCCACCCCCUGCAGCACCUGUCUCUCCCCCUGCGUGUGGAGCGAGCAGACGCCGCUGAAGGGAGGAUGUCUGUCUGUCUGCAGACAGAACCGCCGCGCUGCAACAGGACAAAGACAGUCGUAACAGAUUUGUAUUUUACUUCUUUAUUUCCAAUCGGGUCACUGACAAUAGCCCGUGCCAAAAGCUGAGUUCCUGAUUGGCUGAUUCGAUGCAGCAUCUGUCAAACUCUGAUCUGCUGUGAAAUGAAGUCAGACUUUCAAGCGCUACGCGGCACGCGCUCUCGUGCUCGCCUCAACAGCUGCUUUAUAUGAGCCCGCCCACUAUGGCAGGAAAAGUAAAGGGAUUGGCUAAAACUUCACAGUACUGAAGAAAGUAGAAAUGAUUGACAUGUCCAAAGACCAAUAGACCUUUAAUGAACUGCUGCACUGUCUGCAGCAGCUGCUUUCGGUUUCGGAAGAGCUGCGUAAAUCAUAACUGUUUCUGCGUGGAAUCAAACUUCAAUGACCAGCCCUAGUUUUACUAUGACUGCGCCCUAUGGUCAAGAGCGCCUAAUGUAUUUGUUAAAUACAGAAAAAGGACUAGUAAGUGAAACUGCGCCCUAUAACCCAGUGCGCACUAUGGUUGUGAAAAUACGGUUUAUUAAUAUAUAUAUAUAUAUUAUAUGUAUUAAAUAUAUAAUAAAUGCUGUAUUGAUGAUUUUUUUUCCUAAAAAUAAACUUUAUGCAUUUUUUCUGUUGUUAUACUUUUGUUAUUUUUAGUUUUGAUUUUUUUUAUUAGACAUUUUUUAAUGUAAUUCAUUUAUUUUUUCCUAAGGUGUAGCAAGACGAGAAAAGGGUUAAGUGUUAUAAUAAUUGCUAAUUUGUAAUCAAGAUCAUUGGCAAACCUCAGAUGCAUUAGUAUUUAUAUAAACAAGAAAAAAAGUUAAUCACAAGACAAGCUGAUGGCUGCUGUGUUUAAACUAGAUUUAAUAUUUAUAACUUUUUUUGUUUGUUUUGGUGCUUUAAUCUUUGUAUUUAUGAAAGCAAAAAUGUUCAAACUGUAACCUAAUAUUCUGAGCACAGUGAAUUUAUCUCAAUAUUAAUGAAACAUUGAAUGAGAAACUGUCGACUGUUAUUACUUUUCUUGCUUUGAAAGAGU